AUGGGUUGGAAACUGACUUGGACCGUGUGGGUACUACUAGGGCGAGUGUCUUGCGUUCUGGGUCAACCUUUGUCGGCUGUAGUGGAAGUGGAGAAUGGUUCGUUGGUUCGUCCCGUAGUGACAUUGCGUGCCGCGGUGAUUCCAACUCCUCCAUUUGCGCUCGUGGACGAAACGAACAAUAAUAAGCAAACCAUCAUUGGCGGGUACCACAAGGAACUGGUGGAAUCUCUGGAAGAAUACGCGCUGGCGUCCAAUGUCUUUUUGCAGUUUGUGUUGGAGAAUUCGCCCUACCCCAAGUACGGAGACGCAUUGCGGUUGAUUGGCACCGAUUGUCUGGCGCAAAACUUGUCCGAUGCCGAGUGCAACCGCUAUGACCUGAUUCUAGGCGAUUACUACGUCAAUCCCGGUCGAGCAUCGCGUGUCAACUUUUUGCCUCCCUUUAUUCGAACGUCCAUUUCCUCCAUCAAGGUGGUGGGCCCCAAGAGCCGUUUUGCCAACCGAGACUACACACUCUUGAAGGACGCUGAAAAGGAUCAGGUCCCUGUUUGCGCCACCGAUGGGACGUAUGCGCAAAGAGUCGUACAAGCCAAGUACCCCAACGCCACAUGGGUCAACUGUGGACCCACCAUGGAUCAGUGUCUCCAGAGUCUACUCAAUGAGACGUGUGUCUUGUACACGGCCGACGAACACAAACUCAAGGCACGCACCGUACAAAACCCCAUGCUACAAGUCACAUCCGAAAACUUUCAAACGCAAUUCUUCCAGUGGCCGGCGUCCUACCGAAUGGCGGACGAUGUGUACCAACUACUCAAACAGCUCCUGUACACGGCCGUUGCACAGGAACGACUGGAUCAGUUGUACUACAAGUAUUUUGAAAUCAAGACGUGUCCCUUGGGAUAUGCCGGAACCAAUUGUCAGGAUCGAUGCCAUCCCGACCAUGGCGUCGCCGACAAGUUUGGUGUUUGCGUUUGCGAAAGCCAACGGUGGACGGGGCCCGAUUGUGCCACGGAAGUGGUCGAAGAACGCAACGAAAUACCCACGGGGAUCGUCGUGGCAUCCGCCGUCAUGUUUGUCGUCAACAUUUCCGUCUGCAUCGCAUGUGCCGGAUGGUUGUACCAAAACCGAAACUUGACACAGGUCAAAUUGAUGCAACCCUUCUUUUUAGUGCUGGUCCUAUGCGGCUGCGCCAUUUCCUCCUCGACUAUUCUCGCAUUCCUUUUUCAGCAGGACGACCCCAACGACGAUAGUGGUGAUCUUGUGGGAGCCUGCAUGGUAGCACCCUUUCUCUACUCCAUUGGAUUCUGCAUCACAUUUGGAACGCUAUUUGCCAAGCUGCGCAGGGUAUACAUUCUUUUUUCUUCCGCGGUCAACAUGAGACGAUAUAUUGUGUCAUCCUCGGAAACGCUCGCGUGCAUUGGUGCCCUUGUUUUGAUUGAUGGUAUCAUCCUCGUUACUUGGACCAUUGUCGAUCCAUUGACGUUUCAACGACAAGUCGUCACGGAAGAUAUAUUUGGAUACCCCCUCGAAUCGGUGGGAUAUUGUGUGUCGGACCACUGGGCCGUAUUUACGGGCCUCAUUGCCGCCCUGCACUUGACACUGCUCCUGGUUGGAUGUUGGUAUGUCUACCUCUGCAAAGACAUUCCAAACGGUCUUUCUGAUGCAAAGUAUGUCGGUAUCGCCAUGAUCAGCAAUGCACAGAUCUUUGUCAUUGCCGUCCCCGUCCUGAUCAUUGUGGCAUCGACAAACCCAGGAACCAGCGUCUUUGUACGCAACAUUGUCAUCUUCAUGAACGAUCUUGCAGUGGUGCUCCUGAUCUUUGGAAGUCUCAUGUAUUCGGUAUACAGCAAGUCUCAAAGCGAUCAAGAUGCGAGGGAAGUCGUCCAGACCGCGUUGCGAGAUUACCGAAUGUCGACACGGCAAGGACUCUCCUACGCCCAAGAUUCCGAUGGCAGCGGACCAUUGGGUAGCUUGAGUAACAGUACCAGGAGUAUGGCGAAUGCCUCCGGACACGUACGGGCAGCGUCGAAUCCCGAUGUUCUGCUCCAGCCAGUGGCAGAAGUUCCUUCCACCCACAGCAGCAAUGUCGAGCGACCUACAGAGCGAACACAGAAACGAAAAUCAGUCAAGAAACCAGUGGAUGUCCUAAAGGGCACAACUUCUUGGGGUGGGGCCAACUUGUCAAUGUUCGUAAGAGAUGAUGACUCGGGAAGCUUUCAUCCCACUCCCAAUGAUGACGUUCUGCUCCAACCAGUGGCAGAAGGGUUCCAAACAGCGGCAGAAGGGCUCCAAACAGUGGCAGAAGGUUCUUCGACAAGCGACAACGUUGUGCGACCUCCGGCAAGAAAGCAGAAGCAAAGAAAAUCCACCAAGAAACCCGUGGAUGUACUAAAGGGUGCGACAUCUUGGGGUGGGGCAAACUUGUCAAUGUUCGUGAGAGAUGAUGAAUCCUCAAGCUUUCAUCCCACUCCCAAUGAUUAUGAAGACGAAGACAUGGUGACGAUUUUCUCCUCCAAGAAGGAACCGGAACAACCACAAACCAGUUGCGAUACGUUGACCACGUCCGCAAGCACGGAGCGAGGGCAUCAAUAA